CCCCUCCCCUCGCCUUCCCGCCGCUCGCGGCCGCCGCGGAGCUGCCACCCAGCCCCACCCCGGGCGACCCAGUGUGGAGCGGCGGGAGCCGGAGCCGGAGGUGCGGGAUGGAUAAGAGGGACAAGGCCAGGGCAGGGGCCGCUGCGCGGACGCCAGCUUCUCGCCCUCCUGGCCUUCCGACCCCCAGGCCCCCAGGGUCUCCUCGACCCCCUCCUCCAGUAACCAGCGCGGCCCUCCGAGUUCUGGGAGCAGCGGCAGCUGCGGGGCGAGGGCCCCUGGCGGAGCGAGCCGGGGGCAUCCGGGGAGCCGCUCUCCAAGAGGCUGGUCCCCGGGUGGGACCAGCGCGGAGCGCCGGGACAGGACCCCGGAGCCCAGCCUCCAGGGCCCCAGCGGCUGGGAGAGGGGAGCGGACCCCUGCCAAGACCUCCAGCCCGGUCUCUGUCUCUAGCCCGGGGCGUGCCAGCGGGACCGCCAGGCUAGGCCCUCUUGGGCAGAAGGGGCUCCGGCCCCCAGCUGAGGAACCUGUGGCCAGAGGAAAAGCCCCAGAAGCGCCCAGAAGGAGCGCCCUGAGCGCCGGGGCUCGGAGAGACUCUUCUGGGCCCACUCCAAGCGCCCCCUCCCCAGCCAUCUCCCGUCGGUCCCGGGCUGCAGGCGCUGAGGGCGGUGUCCCCCGGGCAGCUCCAAGUGCCCGGCCUCGACCCCCGACCGAGGCCCCCAGGAAAUCAGUGAGCAGCGCCGCGGAGCCGAGCCCCGCCGCCAGGAGGCGACCCAACGCUGGUGGGGGCCUCCAGAGGCCAGCCUCGCGCCCCCUGGGCUCCAGCGCCACCCCUCUGUCCUCCCCAGCACGCUCCGGGGCCUCGCUGGGUGGAACACCCCGGGCUCUGGGGCACCCCUCGCAGCUCAAGUCCAAAGGGCUGCAGGCUCUGCGCCCCCCGCAGGCCACACCUCCAAAGAAUGGCACAGACCCUGGGCAGGGCCUCUCUCCUCCUUUGGCUACACCCACUCCGCCUCGUGCGACUGCACAGCCCGCACUGCCUCCCCAUGUCACAGCCACACCUCUCCCGGACACGCUCCCUCUGUCUCUACCGACCACGCCCCCUUCCCAGGUCCUCACUUGCCCUUUGGCCACGCCCCCUCCACUAGCCCCGCCUUCUCCCUCUGCUCCACCCUCUCUGCAGACCCUCCCUUCUCCGCCGGCCACACCUCCUUUGCAAGCUCCACCCACACAUCUAGGUACAUCCUUUCCCGAGGCAUCCGCCUCUCCUUUGGCCACCGCCACCAUUCUGGCUCCAUUCUCUCCAUCAGUGUCACCCCCUCUGCAGAGUAUGCCCCCCACCCAGGCUUCUCCGGCCUUGCCCCAUCUUCUGACUGUCCCCUCUCCCUUGGCCACACCUCCUUUGGCGGCUCCUCUACCACCAGCCACGCCCCCUCUACAAACCCCUCUGUCUCAAGCAAUAUCUUUGCGGAACCCGCCUUCCCCCCUAGCCACACCCCGUCUGGAGGCCCUUUCCGCUCUGACCACGCCCCUUCCGCGGGCCGGUCCUUCCCUGUCUCCGCCCUCUCUUCAGGCCACGCCCUAUACACUGGCUACAUCUCCCACACAGGACCCUCCGCAGGCUUCUCGCUCUCCUCUGACGACGCUCUCUCUGCAGGGUCCUCCUCCUCUAGGCUCUCCGGCUGCCUUGGCCUCACCGCCUCUGCAGGCCCCUCCCUCUCCCCUGUUCACGUCCCCUCUACAGGACACUCCCUCUCCUCUGACCCUGCCCCCUCUACAGGCCCCGCCCUCUCUGCUGGCCACGCCCCUUCCACACACUCCACCUUCCAGGACCACGCCCCCUCUACAGGCCCCUCUCUCUCCUCAGUCCCUGCCCCCUAUACAGGCCCCACCUUCCCUGACCUUACCACCUCUGCAGGCCACUCCCUCUCCUCAGGCCAUGUCCCCUCUGCAGGCUCCACCUUCUCCAGGAUCACCCCCUCUGCAGGCCAUCCCUUCUUUCCUGGCUAUGCUCCCUCUGCAAACCCAACCUUCUGUGGCCUCGCCCCGUCUUCAAGACCCUCCCUCACCCCUGGCCACGCCCCCUCCACAGGCUCUAUCUUCUCUGGCCUCGCCCCCUUUGCAGGCCCCUCCAUCUCGCCCUGCCUCACCUCCUCUGCAAGCCCCACCCUCUCCCUUGGCCACGCCCCCUCCGCGUGCUUCACCGUCUCUGGCCUUGCCUCCUCUGCAGGCCCCUCCCUCUCCCCCUACCGCACCUCCUCUUCAGGCCCCUCCCUCUCCCCUGGCCACGCCCCCUCCGCAGGCUCCACCUUCCCUGGCCCUGCCCCCUCUGCAGGCCCCGCCCUCUCUUCCUGCCUCACUCCCUCUGCAAGCCACUCCCUCUCCCCUGGCCGCGCCCCCGCCGCAGGCUCCGCCUUCCCUGGCCUUGCCCCCUCUGCAGGCCCCGCCCUCUCCCCCGGCCUCACCCCCUCUGCAGGCCUUUCGCCGCCCGCCGACCCCGGGUCCCGAUGCCCCUCUGCCGGGUCCACGGCUGACCCUGGCGCUGGCCCCGGGCCCACCGCCGCCGCCCUCGCGCAGCCCGUCCAGUACGCUGAGCGGCCCGGACCUGGCGGGCCACAGCAGCAGCGCCACGAGCACGCCCGAGGAGCUGCGCGGCUACGACGGUGCCGCGGGUGGCAGCGGCGGUGGCCCAGGGGGCGCAGGGGGUGGCGGCGUCGCGGGGGGCACCCGGACGGCGCUCAGCGACGCCGAACUGGGCCGCUGGGCCGAACUGUUGUCUCCCCUGGACGAGUCCCGCGCCAGCAUCACCUCGGUCACCAGCUUCUCCCCGGACGACGUGGCUUCCCCGCAGGGUGACUGGACCGUGGUGGAGGUGGAGACCUUUCACUGA